AUGUUACUUUCGUAUAUGAAUACAACAGAUAGAACUAUUAGAAAUUCAGCACCUCUACAAUUCGGAAUGGAAAGAAGUUUAACUCAAUUAGUGGAAACAUACUUUUACUAUCAAAACAUCUCAUCCUAUUCGAUUUCUUUCAUUUCAUUUGCUCCACUAAUUUGCAGAACUAGAAAUCCAUUCGAAAUAUUAAGUGGAAUCAUUACAAGUGAAAGCAGCUUUGCAGAACAAGUUAGAUGCUACCGAGAUAGAGUGAAUACUCAAGAAUCUACUCGAUAUAUCAAUUCGAGAGAUUUCAUUCCAAUACCUUUAUUCCCAAAUAAGGUAAUUAUUGGAAGAAAUGUUUCAACUAGUAGUGAAAUUAGUCAAUAUUCGGAAAGUGAUUUGAAUUCUCUUGAAGUGAGCAUACUCCCAUUGACAUUGGAUUAUGAAAAAAGUGGUUGCAAGAGCAAUCCUCAAAAAUUUGAUGCACUGAGAAUUUCACUCACUCGUGGAAUUUCAAAUUUCACCAAUUUUGAUUUGGAAUGGAUGAAAAAUGUGGCUGGUGUGAAGGAGUUGAAUUAUGAUAGAUCAUUAUAUGAAUAUUUAUUUCAGAGAUUUGUGAAUCGAAAUAAUUUACAAAAUUUAACAAAUAGUAUUGAAAUUUCACAAAGUUUACUUUCUUCUGAUUGCUAUUAUUGUAAUUUUGGAUCUUUUGGAGAUCCGAGAGAAACAUUGACUGAUUUGUGGAUUAUUCCAAUAGCUGUGCUUACAUUGGUGUAUUUUAUUUUAUUAUUUGCUACAAAGAGUUAUUCGAAACCUUAUCUUCAAAGAAGAUUGGUAGUACCUUACCUGUUGCCUAUUUGUAAUUUACUAUUUGAGGCUCUAUCAGUGGAUUCUCUAUUGGUUCUGGUUUACAAUUGUGAACCGAAAUAUUUGUUGAUUUCUGUAUUCUUUGGAAUUAUCAUGAUUUUCCUUUACAUGAUAACAGUUAUUCGAUUCUAUUAUUUGAGAAACCUUUACAAAAUUGUAUCAGAUUCUAAAUUUUACAAAGUUCACAAAUAUUUAACCUCUACAUCAUUUGGAAUUGGUUUCACACUCAUAAUGUCAGCUCUCUUAACAAUCAUUUUCAUGGUUCCUGUAUUUGCAACAUUGAGCUUUGAGACUAACAUUAUUUAUAUUUCUCAAAAUGUGACAAAUGCAAGUUAUGUGGUCAUUGGAAGUGCAUUUGCGUUGGCUGCUAGUGUUGUUGAUGCAAUUUUGAACAGAAAAAAGAUUUCCAAAAAUGGAAUACUCUAUUAUUUAUUUGCAGAUGAUCCUCUUUAUGUGAGAAUUGACUUGUUUUUGACUGGUAUUAUCAUUAUUAUCAUUCUACUCACAAUUGUCUUCCAAUUAUUCGAAUUGCUAUAUUUGGUGGGAGUUGUUAGAACUCUAGUUACAAUAAUGGCUCUAAUGAUAAGUGGAGGAACAGCAAUUAUAGCAGAAAUGAUAAGAAGAUUCGUAUAUAGAAAUAGAAAGAUAACAGAGAAUGAUUCAGAUUUGGAAAAACAUCUUUCUCAAAGCAGCGACUUUUUUGAGCUAUUCCAAGAAUAUGCAUCGAAAGAGUUUAGUUUGGAGAAUAUCAUGUUCUUUGAUAUUAUUCACGAAAUCAAAACCGAAUAUGUAACAGUGGAAACUAUGAAACACAUUGAGGAAAACUUUAUGAGAAAUUAUUCCAAAUAUGAGGUGAAUAUUUCCUUUUCUUCUAGGAGAAAGUUUUACGAAUUGUUUGAUACAAUGGAAUUCAAAGUAGACAAAAUGGAAGUAUCAAGUUCAGAAAUGAAUUUAUUGAGUGGUAGAGCUUCUAUGAAAUUAUCAACAUCAGACAUGUCUCAAUUGAGUAUUACAGAAUCUAAGAAAUCAUCUAAUAUCACUCUAAAGCAAUUGAAAGAUGCAGUCUAUAUGGACAUUAUCGGAAAUAUGAAAGAUACCUACGGAAGAUUACAAUUAACACCACAAUUUGCCAAAUGGGAAUCAGUUUACAAUUUACAAAAUAAGGCAGCAAUUAUUUAA